UACAAUUGCUCUUCUGACUCCUCCUUCGCAAACCCUAAUACCAUCAGUUGCUCUGAUACAAUCGAAUUCCAUCAAUAUGUCACAGGACGAGAUAGCAAGGGAAGCGAUAAAGCACGCUUUGAGGGCUCUGCGUAAGCGGCAUUUGCUCGAAGAAGGCGCUCAUGGUCCAGCUUUCAUCGCUCUUUCCAGGCCCAUCGUCUCUCAGGGAUCAGAAUGGAAAGAGAAAGCAGAAAAUCUGGAGUUGGAACUUCAGCAAUGUUACAAAGCUCAAUCGCGCUUGUCUGAACAACUCGUGGUGGAAGUAGCUGAAUCCAGAUCUUCGAAAGCUUUAGCUCAAGAGAAAGAAGAAGCAAUCUCGAAUCUGCAGACAGAGUUGACUCAAACAAGGGACGAAUGCUCUCAAUUGAAGAUGGACUUAGAAGAAAAGAUUAAAGCUUUAGAAUUGGUUCUGAGUGAGCACCUGGAACUUAGAGCACAACUGGAAGAGAUGACAAUUAAAGCUAAGAAUGCUGAGGCCGAAAAUAAGAUGUUAAUUGAUCGCUGGAUGCUGCAGAAGAUGCAGGAUGCUGAACGGCUCAAUGAGGCAAAUGCAAUUUAUGAAGAAAUGGUUGAUCGGCUCAAGGCUAGUGGUUUAGAAAGUCUUGCUCGGCAGCAGGUGGACGGUGUGGUCCGCCGAAAUGAAGAUGGUGCUGAAUUCUUUUUGGAGUCAUCCGUUCCAUCGGUAUGCAAGCACAGGAUCAAUGCCCAUGAAGGUGGUUGCGCUUCCACAUUGUUCGAGUACAAUUCUGGCAAACUGAUUAGUGGGGGACAAGACAGGUCGAUCAAGAUAUGGGAUACAAACAGUGGAUCACUAAGUAAUACUCUUUAUGGUUGCCUUGGCUCUGUUCUUGAUCUAACUAUUACCCACGAUAAUAGAUCUGUAGUUGCAGCUAGCAGCUCAAACAACUUGUAUGUAUGGGAUGUCAACUCCGGCCGCAUCCGUCAUACUCUUACUGGCCACACAGAUAAAGUAUGUGCCGUAGAUGUAAGCAAAAUUUCAAGCCGUCAUGUUGUGAGCGCAGCUUAUGAUCGUACCAUAAAAGUAUGGGACUUGAAUAAGGGUUACUGCAUCAACACAAUCAUUUUUUAUAGCAACUGCAAUGCUCUCUGCUUCAGCAUGGAUGGACAAACCAUUUGCUCUGGCCACGUUGAUGGGAAUCUUCGAUUAUGGGAUAUUCACACAGGAAAACUACUAAGUGAAGUAGCUGCACAUUCACUUGCUGUUACAUCCAUCUCUUUGUCACGAAAUGGAAAUGUAGUAUUGACUAGUGGGAGAGACAACGUGCACAAUUUGUUUGAUAUGCGAUCUCUAGAAAUUUGUGGCACAUUCAGAGCGACGGGAAACAGAGUUGCAUCGAAUUGGAGCCGAUCCUGCGUCAGUCCUGAUGACAACUAUGUAGCUGCUGGAUCCGCUGAUGGAUCUGUGUAUAUUUGGUCCAUAUCUAAAGGUGAUAUAGUGGGUACUCUUGGGGAACACACCUCUCCUGUGCUGUGUUGUUCAUGGAGUGGGCUUGGAAAACCUCUAGCCUCCGCAGACAAGAAUGGGAUUAUUUGUACCUGGACAUGAUGGAUAUGGUGUCAAUGAGAUAAAUCAGGACAACGUUAUUUACUCUUUAUGUUCAUAAGGUAAAUAUACGGAUACUGUAAAAAAGCUAAACUAGUUGUGGGAUUGCUGUAAAUAGUAAUUAUUCUAGAAUAAAUCUGGCCGAUUGAUUUUUUA